AUGAGUGUUAGAUCAGAUUCUGUUGUCGGUAUGGUGGUCGUGUCGAAUAUGCUUCUCUGUAUCUCUACCCGCAUCUUCAUCCGCAUCCUCAUCUGGAAAACCACUGAUUCUAUCGGUUGGUCUCGAUAUUGGUCUUGGUUCCUGUAUAUAUUGCAAAACAAGUUCUGCUCGAGUUUGUUUCUUUCAGAAAGAUCAAAAUCAUCCCAAGUAUCUUCCAACACCUCAAGCGUAACCAACCACUCCGUCAUCAUUUCAAAAUCAUAG